CUGCCCUUUCCAACUGCUCCAGAACUCUUGGCCCCAGCAUUCCGUGAUGUAAAUUAUUCCACGCAUGGCUCGAAAUGGGUGCGAAGCAGUGUUGCCAGGUGUCGGAUCACUAGUUUGUCAUGGAUGAUGACGACGACUCGUGUCUCCUUGAUCUUAUUGGAGACCCACAAGCAUUGAACUAUUUUCUACACGGACCUAGUAAUAAAUCUAGCAAUGAUGACUCAACUAGCACAGGAUAUUCUGCAGCCAAUUCAAAUUCAAUUUUCGCCAACUCCAGUAAUGCUGAUCCUAAGUCAUCCCUCAAAGCCGUAAGCAACCAGCUUGGAGAAGGGCCCAGUGAUGGACUGCCACUUUCAAGUAGCCUUCAGUUUCUUGAAGAUGAACUUGAGUCUUCUCCUCUUCCCGAUCUCAGUGAGGACCAACCUUUCGACAUUCUUCAGAAAUCCCUGCAGGAGGCCAAUAUCACUGAACAGACAUUGGCAGAAGAGGCAUAUUUGGACGCCAGUAUAGGUUCAAGCCAACAGUUUGCACAAGCCCAGCUUCAUCCUUCUUCAUCAGCAUCGUUUACUCAGGCUUCUAAUGUUUCGAAUUACUCAGGUCAGACGCUGCAGCCUAUAGGGGUGACUCACGUGCCUGUUGGAGCAUCAUUUGCAAGCAAUACGGUGGGGGUGCAACAUGGCUUUAUGCAACACGUGGGGAUCAGUGUGCCCAGCCAGCAUCUGUCUAAUAGCGGUCAGAUUAGCAGUUCGGGUCAGAUACAGCUAAUUGGCUCAUUUGGUAAUCAACCCUCCAUGAUGACUAUUAAUAACCUAGACGGAUCUCAAAUCAUAUUGAAGGGCAGCGGGCAGCAAGCCCCAUCAAAUGUGAGUGGAGGACUCCUGGUUCACAGACAGACUCCCAAUGGCAACUCCUUGUUUGGGAGCUCCAGUUCCAGUCCCGUAGCACAGCCUGUUACCGUUCCAUUUAACAGCACAAAUUUUCAGACGUCUCUACCUGUGCAUAACAUCAUCAUACAGAGGGGUCUUGCACCAAAUUCAAAUAAAGUCCCGAUCAAUAUCCAGCCAAAGCCUAUCCAGAUGGGUCAGCAGAAUACGUACAAUGUGAACAAUUUGGGAAUACAGCAGCACCACGUUCAACAAGGGAUCUCCUUUGCCUCCGCCAGCUCACCCCAGGGCUCCGUAGUUGGUCCGCACAUGUCCGUGAACAUCGUAAACCAACAGAACACAAGGAAGCCAGUCACCUCACAGGCAGUGAGCAGCGCUGGGGGUAGUAUCGUUAUUCAUUCUCCCAUGGGCCAGCCUCACACACCCCAAAGUCAGUUCCUCAUACCCACAAGCCUUUCUGUCAGUUCCAACUCGGUACAUCAUGUCCAGACCAUAAAUGGGCAACUGCUUCAGACUCAACCUUCUCAGCUCAUCUCCGGCCAAGUGGCCUCGGAGCAUGUCAUGUUGAACAGAAACUCUUCCAACAUGCUCAGGACCAACCAAGCCUAUUCUGGACAGAUGCUGAACAACCAGAAUGCCGCCGUCCAGUUGGUGUCUGGGCAAACGUUUGCCGCCUCUGGAAGCCCAGUGAUUGUCAAUCAUGCCUCUCCUCAGAUUGUUGGUGGACAGAUGCCCUUGCAGCAAGCGUCACCAACCGUAUUACACCUGUCACCUGGGCAGAGCAGCGUGUCCCAAGGGAGACCUGGCUUCACCACCAUGCCCUCGGUGACCAACAUGUCAGGACCUAGUCGGUUCCCUGUCGUCAGCUCAUCCAGCACUGCCCAUCCUAGUCUUGGGUCUGCGGUUCAGUCGGGUGCAUCAGGAUCAAACUUCACGGGAGAUCAGCUGACCCAGCCGAACAGGACUCCAGUACCGGUCAGUGCGUCUCAUCGUCUUCCAGUUUCUUCUUCCAAAUCUACCAGCACCUUCAGUAACACCCCUGGAGCGGGAACCCAGCAGCAGUUCUUCUGUCAGGCUCAGAAAAAAGGUUUGAAUCAGACUUCCCCCAUAUCCGCUUCCAAGACCACAGAUGGCCUGAGGCAAGCACAGAUCCCUGGCCUCCUGAACACCGCACUGCCAGGGCAGGAUUCUGGAAGCAAAGUUAUACCGGUGUCCUUAGGAACCGCACAGCCACAGCAGGAAAAGGUAGUUGGAUCAUCUCCUGGCCAGCCAGCUGUGCAGGUGGAUAGUCAUUCAGGAGGACAAAAGCGGCCUGCUACAAAACAACUAACUAAAGGAGCUUUCAUUCUCCAGCAGUUACAGAGGGACCAAGCCCACGCUGUGACACCUGAUAAAAGUCAGUUCCGAUCACUAAGUGAUGCGGUGCAGAGGCUACUCUCCUACCACGUGUGCCAGGGCUCCAUGCCCACCGAGGAAGACUUGAAGAAAGUCGACAACGAAUUUGAAACAGUUGCCACUCAGCUCCUAAAAAGGACCCAAGCGAUGCUUAACAAAUACAGAUGCCUGCUUCUAGAAGAUGCCAUGCGGAUCAAUCCCUCUGCUGAGAUGGUGAUGAUCGAUAGAAUGUUCAACCAGGAGGAAAGAGCUUCUCUGUCCCGAGACAAGCGUCUGGCACUUGUAGACCCUGAGGGUUUUCAGGCUGAUUUCUGUUGUUCCUUCAAACCUGAUAAAGCUGCUCAUGAGACACAGUUUGGCCGGAGUGACCAGCAUGGCAGUAAAGCGCCCAGCUCUCUGCACCUGACAGCCAAGGCCCAAAGCCGAGAACCGACGAAUCAUGACCAGUUUCAUCUAGUGCCUAAUCACAUCGUGGUCUCCGCAGAAGGAAACGUUUCUAAAAAAACUGAAUGCCUCAGCAGAGCACUGAAAUUUGACAAAGUGGGCUUAGCACAGUACCGGAGUGCAUCCGAAGAGAAAACAAGCCGGAGAGAGUCCACGAAGGCCAGCGAGUGCUCUCCCGGCCCCGAAGGGCACCGGAAAACCUCAUCCAGACCAGAUCACGGUACUGAGAGCAAACUCUCAAGCAUCCUAGUAGAUUCUCACUUGGAGAUGACGUGUAACAAUUCCUUCCAGGACAAAACUCUGAGGAAUUCUCCAAAGAAUGAAGUUUUACACACAGACAUCAUGAAAGGGUCGGGCGAGCCCCAGCCAGACCUCCAGCUCACUAAGAGUUUAGAAACAACAUUUAAGAACAUCUUGGAACUCAAAAAGGCUGGGCGGCAGCCCCAGAGUGACCCCACGGUUAGCGGCUCUGUUGAGUUAGAUUUCCCCAACUUUUCUCCAAUGGCUUCGCAGGAAAACUGCCUGGAAAAGUUCAUCCCGGACCACAGUGAAGGCAUUGUAGAAACCGACUCCAUUUUAGAAGCAGCUGUAAAUAGUAUCUUAGAGUGUUAAUAGCAGCAGCCCUCCCCCACCCCGCCCCGACACCCCGCCCCGGACAAGUUACAUUCUUUCCUGGCAAAAGCAAAUGGAAGUGUUCUCCUGUCUCCAGCCUGCUUGACCUUUCAUCACAGGUUAUUCUUUCUGAUCUUCAAUCCCAUUCUUUGUUUAAGAGCAAUACUCGUGGUGGUUACAGGGAGAUCCUUUCGUGAAAUUAAUCCUUGUUAGAAAGCAGUCUGAUAGGCCCUACACAUUUCAAGUGUUACGAAAGUGCUUAUAGUCAUUUUCUUUGUGUGUUUGUUUACUUGUUUUAUUAUUACUAUUUUUUUUUUUUUUAAAAAAAACACCAUAACUCACUGAGAUCACAGUACACUUGGCCCUCGGUAAAAUUCUGACAAUCAUUAAGUCAUUUGAAAAGAACAGACUUAUUAAAGAAAAUCAAACAGGACUGAUAGAAGCUACUUUGUGAAAGAAUGUCCCACUGCAUCUCCAAAUUUCGUUGUUUUGGGUUUGUUGUUGUUGUUGUUGUUGGAGGGGAGACCGCACGGUUGUCCCCCCCACCCCACCCCCCGCGCCCCACCCCGGGCCACCUCUGAGCAGUAAGUUGCCGGCUGCUCCGCCAGGGACCCCACAGCCCCGAGGAAGCAGCCAGUAGCACACAAGCAGGGCAUUCGCAGGGCUUCCUUGUUCAUCAUCUGAGCGCUUUUCCGAUGCUCCUGGAGCAAAACCUCAUGCUUUUCGGCAUACGCGUGUUGAGUUUCAUCUAGGGAAUGCUCUGUUCUUAGUUGCAACGGCACGACUUGAGAAAAUUUUCACCAGGCUGAAAUAAAGGAAAAUGGAAACCAGUUAAGUGGCACAGUGUACAGGGGAGGCCGGGAGAGAGCCUUGAGGAGUAUACUAUGUAUAUAUGUAAAAGCAUAUAUAUGUUAACUAUUGAGAAAAAAAAACAAGCGUUUUGCAUUUUGUAAUUGGAUAUAGUCAACGUAUGCUGUACGUUUUUGUUGCUGGGUUUCCUUUCAUGUAACCUCUCCGCACCCUCUCCCACAAAUAGCCAAGCGUCCAAAGCACUUUCAUUUGAAAACUGUGUUGUAAUACUUCAGUUUAAACUCUAAGGGGACUUUGGCCUUGUUUAUGCUUCUUGUCUGAGAACAGUAGUCACCCCCCGGCAGCAAUCAUUACCAAAACACAGACAAACCAAAGUUACCAGCCAGCCCCCCACUGAAAGAAAAGAGCUGAGACACGGGAUUCCCACUUGAGAGCCAAAGGACACGCCCUGUCACGGUCUGUGUGUGGCCCGUGUUCCUAUUAGUGAACAUGACUUACUGCUUUAUUUAUUUAUAUUUCUUUUCAGGGAGCUUUCCCCGUUUUCCUUCCUUGUGUUCGUGCCCCCAGUUCAUCCCAUCUCGGCUGUUACCUUCAUUCCCAGUGUCAUUGUAACCAGCCCUUCUCUCCUGUCAUUGGGAAAGCGACGUAACGGUAUUUCGUGUGCACUCUGCCCCACGUGCACGUGCAUGUAUCUGAGCUAUUGAGAUCAGGUCAUUCUGGUGACAGUGUGGACCCACCCAUUCUUCCUCCCAUGUGCACGCACUCUCUCAUUUAUCCUGUUGAUCUCUCUGGCUUGAGGGGUUGCACCCACUGGUCUCCACUCUGACACAUUGCCAGCACCUGUUUCUGGCUGUUGCCAGAAUGGGGAUGACCCCAUUGUCAUCAUGUUGGACGCUUCUUUUCCAGAUUGGCCUGCGUUGGAAAGGAAGGCUUCUGAUUAUUGGAAAACACGGCAACAGAAGACCCAGACUCUCUCCCUGCCCCUCUGUCCCUGCACUCAAAGAAACCUCUCUCAGCCAGCCAGCCUUCAUAAAAGCGAAGUUCCUUCUCCCCACCCCCACCCGCCGGCCAAUAGAACUUGGAAAAUCUGGGCCAUUUUAGGGUUCCCAUGUUUUCCUUAUUUGUGCCAACGUCCAAAUUGCAGAUUUCCCCUUUUUUCCUGUAUUGUAACAUAUUAGAAGGAUAAGUUGGUAUUGCCAGUUGGAACUUUCUGUUUGGGCCGCCUGGGGUAACACCCUGCCCUGAACCCCAUGAUUUUAUAGGCUCUUCUUCUCUUAGGACUCAUGCUCCCCUCAUUCCUAGCAAGACUUAAAGGUGGUCCCUCCUAAUCAAAUUCUUCUCAUGGUGGAACUUUCUACCCGGAAGCCUUCACGUAGGCUACUGAUGAGUUACGUUAAUUAUUGCCAAUCAGUGGAAUUCUUAAAAGAUAAGCUUCAUGUACAUUCAUCACCUCCCUUUCUUCCCCAUCCUGCCCUGCUACCCCAAUCCCAGCCUUUCUGUAUACCAUCUCAAAGGGUCUUUUGAGCCCUAACACUUGUCUAGCAAAUGGAGAGCCUAAUUUACCAAAAUGAAACUUGUAAAUUUUUGUGUCCUUGUAUGUAAGUUUACUUUCUAUGGAGGAAAGAUUCUAGAUAAUGACAAAUGAAGAUUACGAAAUGUAUUUUACUCCUGUGAUUAGGUUUUGCGCACAUGGGUCAUAACUCGCAUGUGGAGCCCCCUCUGGCUAAGGGCCAGAGGGCUCCGCCUCGGACGGCCAGCUUUGAGUUGUUCAGGUUCAUUAGUCAAGGUUAAUUUUUUAGAACUACUUGUACUCAGUAACAAAAAUCAUCUUUUUUUUUUUUUUCUGUUGUGGAAAAGUGUGCAUUUGUUAUUAAGCAUUUGAUUUUCUGUGUCCUUAAGUACUGCCUAAAGAUAAAGCAAAUUUUAAACUGGCAAUUACGAAAAAGAACUAUUUUAGCUCUGAAGAAUUUAGUAGAUUUUGUUAGAUUAGGGAGGCCUUACAGACUGACUUGACUUAUAGAGGAUGCGUCACUCACUGUCAGUGUGGUGUGGGCUUUAUUUGCUUAAAUACCUUCAUUUGUAUAGUAUGUCUCACUUGAAAUUGCUUUGUAUACAUUUUGUAAAAAUAUUUAUAAAAUGUUUUGUAAAAAAAAGUAUAACAAAUCGCAGUUUAUUUUGUUAUGUUGGAUAAAUACUGUUAAAAGAAACCAGUCAGUAACUAUAUUGUUAAUCCAUGGUUAGGAAAUGUUUAGUUGGAGAUUACAAAAUGAAACAACCAUUGCAAUACAGCCAAAGAUUUGGGAAAACGCGCAA